AUGGCGCCAAUUAUCACCAGAGCCACGAAGAAACGGAUUUUCCGGGUCUUGUUUCGUAGCGCAAAAACAUCAGAAGAAGCAGGAGACAUGCAGGGAGAUUAUUGUGUGGCCAAAAUGACCUGCGAAGAUCCAGUCUUCCUUUUGCUCCAACAGCUCAUCACCAAAGAGGCGAGCAGCAGUGGAGCCAUUGAAAAGCUGCAGUCAGAGCACACAAACAGACAACAGCACAUCAAAGACCUAGAGGCAAGACUAGAGGAUAUACAAGACCAACUUCUAUCCAAGUUAAAAGCUUUAGAUGCUAUUCAGGAAAACAAUGCUUCCCUGCAACAAGAAAUCACUUCACUGAAAAGCACACUUGGACAUGUUACAGGAACUGAGGCCGCGUACUGCCUGUUGCCCCCUGCUCCGGUCCAGUUCCAGUAUAACUCAGGUUCCAAAGCCAGCAUCACAGCCAAGCCUUCGGAGAAAGUACUGUAUUCGCGGUUCCUGCACUCCACCUCAGCAGUGACCCUGUUACCUAGAAAGUCAUCAUCCAGAAUGGUCAGAUUUCCUGUAUCAUCACUUGUGACACUAGACAAAUCUUUAGCUCCCAACGAUGGCAGCUUAUUACUACAAAACCAAUACCUUCCUUGCUCCAGCACUUCCAGCCUUGGGAGCGAUGCACUCGGACAUGGUCAGGACUACAUCAGAGCUUUAUUCGCUGACUCCAGGAAAGCAUCUCCAGAACUGGUGGAGAAAGCAGGACGGCUACAUGUUCCACCCGACUACUACAACUCUUCGGCAUGCAGUGCUAUUGGGAACCUUAAAAUUGUUGAAGUUCAUUCAGCUGGUCAUUAUGUGAAGAUAAUUAACAGUUCUCCUGAUAAAGAAGAGAGCAUUGGAGAUUAUACACUCCAGCAGAACUGCAACGGCCAUCCAAUAGCCAUUUUCAAAUUCCCCCCGAAGAUCAGAAUGAAGGCUAAAUCUUCAGUAACGGUAUGGGCUGUGGAUUCUAGGAUGCCUCAUAACCCCCCAAAGGGCUAUCUCUGGAAGGAACUGAACAAGUUUAAACCAGGUCCAGAUUGCACCACUAUCCUCUGUAAUCCAGCUGGGCAGGCUGUUGCUUGGUACACGCCCAUAAACUGGAACAAAACGCAAACCAAGGAGGGUGAAGAAGAGGGCAGACCCCACAGAACCCUUAUACAGCCCCUUAUUGGGGUACAUCAGCAACAAGACCGAUGGAAAACUCGGACAUUUGACACAUGGAAGGGAAAUGCCAGCCAAAGCUGCGCAGAGGAGAAGGAACCCAAUUUCAUUUUAAGAGAAGAAAAGAUACCACCCAUCCUGUUUCCUGUUCAAAAUUCUUGGUGCCAAAGCCCAAGUUGCUUCACACAUCCCCAUUAUUCAAUGGAAAGGCAUUUGACCAUGGGCAGUGACAGGAGGAACCGGUGCAGCCAAACUAGGACACAACCGGUAAAAUCCGGUCCAGAUCCGGGCAAUCCCUACACAGGUGGUAGUCAUAACAUAAAGACAACAACAGAAAGCGGAAACAGGAAAGGUAGAAUAAGGCCAACUCGAUCAGCAGGGCCUAAUUUAGGUGGAGUGAUUUAUAUCGGUUCGGCUGCACCCAUCGGCUCUGCUUUACAGAAAUAUUUUGCCCAUUCAUCUUGCCACUUCAGGCUCCUGGCCCAGGCAUCUCUCGCUCCCGCUCGCUUUCCAUAG